AUGUCGGGCUUAUACGGAACCUGCUCCCAGCAGAUCUCUCGGCAGCAGAGGCAUAACCUUCUUGUGUUGCAACUAACGAUUGCUUUGCUUUUAGGUGCCUUAGCUGGACCAGUUGUUGAUCCACGUGUGACAGCAGUUUGGGGGAAGAAGGUUGCACUGAAAUGCAUAAUUGAUAUAAAUGAAACAAUAACACAAAUUUCUUGGGAGAAGAUACAUGGUAGAAGUUCACAGACUAUUGCUGUUCAUCAUCCUGUGUAUGGAAUAUCUGUUCAAGGAGAAUACCAAGGAAGAGUGUCGUUUAAAAACUACUCGCUCACUGAUGCAACAAUCAUCUUAAAAAAUGUAAGCUUUUCUGAUACAGGUGAAUAUAUUUGCAAGGCAGUUACAUUCCCACUUGGAAAUAUAGAAGCAUCAACAACUGUAACAGUACUAGUUGAACCUGUUGUGAGCUUAACAAAAGGACCAAACCCUCUAAUAGAUGGUGCAAAUCGGACAAUAGCAGCCACUUGCACAGCAGCAGCUGGAAAACCUGCUGCAGAGAUUGACUGGGAAGGAGGUCUUGGUGAAAUGGAAUCCAGCUCUACUUUGUUUCCAAAUGAAACGGUGACAUACCCUUAUGUGUUGGACAUACAGUAUGCCCCGGAAGUUUCAGUAACUGGCUAUGAUGGAAACUGGUUCGUUGGAAGAGAGAACGUUCAGCUCAGAUGUAAUGCUGAUGCAAAUCCGUUACCUAUGGAAUUUAUGUGGACGAGGCUGGAUGGACAGUGGCCUGAAGGAUUACUCUCUGUCAACAAUACUCUGCAGUUCAGCAGCCCAUUGACUUACAACUACACUGGGACUUACAUCUGUAAGGUGACUAAUUCCCUUGGUCAGAGAAGCGAUCAGAAGGCUAUCUACAUAUUAGAUCCUCCUACUACUACCACUCGACUGCCCACGGUUCCCUGGCAUUCUUCGACUGAUGGCAUCGCAGGUUUAGCAACAGAACCUAGAAUAAUAGAUUUCCCAACAUCAACCUUGCCAGCAAUGCAGGAAGACACUUGGGGUACCGUCAUCAGUAGUGCAGUGGGUGGGGCGUUCUUCCUCAUACUUGGCACUGUUCUGGUUGGAAUUAUCUGCUAUAGGAGAAGACGGACGUUCCGUGGUGACUACUUUGCUAAGAGCUACAUUCCACCAUCAGAUAUGCAAAAGGAGUCUCAAAUAGAUGUUCUUCAGUCAGAUGAUGUGGAUUCUUACCCUGACAGUAUAAAAAAAGAAAUAAAGCAUCCAAUGAACAGCUUAAUAUCUAAAGAUUAUUUAGAAGACCCUGAAAAACAAGAGUGGAACAAUAUAGACAAUAUUAACAUGUACCAGGAACGUUAUGAAAGACCAAUGGAUUACUAUGAAGGUGGAACACUGGGAAUGAAGUAUAUGCGUGAUGAAUGUUAUGAUGACAAUGAAGAAGACUUUGUUUCUCACAUAGAUGGCUCGGUAAUAUCUCGGAGGGAGUGGUAUGUGUAGUAACAACCAGAAACUAAACAUGUACCUACAGUUCAUUUCACUGGUUGAUCACUUGCAGAUUGUUUAUACUUAUACAAGAAGAAGAAUAAACUAUUUGAAACUGAUUUUUUUUCAAGGGUUUUUAUUAUGACUUGACAAAUGGAAAUACUGAAUCUGGGAAAAUGUAUUUGAGCUGCUUUUUUUUCCCAAUGCUGUACUACUGUUUAAGAUUUGAGUUUUGAUGCAGAGUGCUUAUAUUGGUCUAUGUCAGAGGUAAAAAAGGCUAAAUUAAAGUUGCCAUUCAAAAUUGUUAAAGAAUAAAAA